AUGGAUAAAAUUAAACAAAAUAAUAAUGGUAACAGUAACACUUUAAAAAAUAAAGAUUUUAACAUAAAAUAUGCUGAAAGCAUGGAUAUUAAAAAUCUAAAAAAUAGUUUUAUUGAAUUUCAAUAUGAUAAAGUUGUGAAUAAUAUAUUAGGGUUAUUUAAGAAACUAUCUAAGCAAAGGCUUGUGUCGACAUCCUCUGCUAUACGUGAUGAUAUGGACAAACAGGCUUUAAACUCACGACUAUUCUUAGAUUUAUAUGAAGAUCGAGAAAUAUUAUUAAAUAAAAUAUUAAAAAAAAUAAACAUCCUCAACUUGGUAUAUUUUCGUUUUUUAAAAGAAACAGAUAUUGAUGAUGUUCUUAGUUUGCAUAUAGAAUUAUUUCCUGUAAAAUAUCAUGCAGAUUUUUAUUUUAGUAUAUGUAACUUUGAUGACAAUAAAAUAGUUGACGAUGAUGUAAUCAGAAUUACUGAAAAAAUAUCCAAGACAUUUGGAACCACCGCAGAUAAUAAAAAAUAUGCCAAAUAUUGUGAAACUUAUAGCGAAAAAAAUGAUUCUAUAUCAAAGAAUAAAGUAAGCACAAAUGAUGAUGAUGAUUAUUAUUAUACUGAUGAUGAUAAUGAAAAAGACUUGCGUGAAAACAAAUCUAAUUCCCACAAUGACACAGGAACUAUAAAAAAUUAUUCAAAUAUAAGCUCUAAUGAAAAAAUAACAAUACAUAAAAAAUGGAGAGAAGAUGAAAUUUUUUCAAUAGGAGCUUUCUUACCUUAUUCAUUUAUUGAUUAUAUUAACAAUGAUUCUAUAACAGAUUUAGUAAAAAAUAAAACUUUAGAAAAAUUAACUGAAAAAGAAAUUUUACUUGAUUAUAUUCAAUUUUUAGAAAAGUGUGAUACAUCUUAUGAAAACAGUGAUAUAAACAUAAAGUCACCAAAAAAAAAAACAAAUUCUUUUAAUGAUAGUGAUUUAGAUGGAAGUAACAACGACAAUGAUAUAAAUGGUGUAACCUCUACUUCUCAGAAAAUUAAUGAUAAUUGUAAAAAGGGAAAUAAUAAUAUAAAAAUUAAUAAUACUUUUUUAAAUUCACAUAUUGAGCCCAAUAGGAAAGAAAAUGAUGCAAAUUCUUCAACGUUAAACGAAGAAUAUAGUAAUACUAAGAAAGAGCCUAAUAAAUGUUUGCAAAAUAACACCAUAAAAAUUACAAAUAAUAGCAGUAUCCAAGAUAUAUAUAACCAUUUGGAAAAAAAAAAUUUAAGGUAUGAAGAAAUAAAUGGAAUAUCAGAUAAUCGUAAUGAUGAUGUAAAAUUGACCAAUGGAAAAAAAUACUAUGACAAAGAAACGAUGAAUUCUUUUAAUCGUAAUAUGAAUAAUAUAAGUUAUAGAAGAAAGCGAAAAAAUUAUUUAAUUGGAAGCAUAUCCUGCUUAAUAAAUUAUGGAGAUUAUAAUGAUGAUAAAGAUUAUAUUAAUAUAUAUAAUCAUUUUACGCAAAAUUAUAUUAAUAAUAAAAACAAUGACAAUGAUACUGGAGAUAAACUAAAUGAAGAACAUAUUGGCUAUGAUGAUAACGAUAGCUCCUUUUCUACUAAUGUAAAUGAUUUAAAAAAUUCUGACAAUAAUUUAUUCACAAUAGUUGGAAAAAAAAAAUCGAAAAAAAAAAAAAAGAAGACGAAUAACAUAUUAAAAGAUCUAACGAUUUUGAAAAUGAAAAGUGUAAAUAAAAAUCCUCAAUUUGAAAAAAAAUUAUAUGAAGAAAUUUAUAUGAAUAAAAAUAUUAAUGAAAUAACAAAAAAAUACUUAACAGGAAAUAUCAAUGAUCUAUAUAUUUUAACUGUUGGAAUAAGUGAAUAUUUUAGGGGGCUAAAUUUAGCUUCUUAUCUUAUUGAAUAUACCAUCUAUUACUUUUAUUUCAUCAUAUACAGAAUAUUUUUAUAUAAUAACAAGCUAUAUUGUUAUGUAGACAAUGAAGUUUUUUAUAAUUUAUCAAAUAAUAUUCCCAAAGACAAAAAUUAUAAUGAGGGAAUAUUAUACGACAAUCCUAGUGACAAAUUGCCAUCAGUUAUAAAAAUUGAAGAGAAAAAAAAAAAAAAAAAGCAUGAUGAAAAUAAUUAUCAUGACCAAGCAUAUAAUAGCCAAAUCUGUGAAGAAUCAUGCAAAAGCUAUAUUAACACAUCCUCAAAGAAAGAAAAAUUCGAAAAUAACGAACAGAAACUUAGUGGGCGAUUAAUAAAUGACGAAAAAAGAGAAGAUUUAAACAUCAGAACAGAGGAAUAUACUCCUUGCAAUGGCAAAGAUCCAUUGCCUGAUGAUAAUAAUUUUGGUAGUGUUUGCAAUGGUGCAUAUCCUAAAAAUUAUAGCCUAUGCAAUAGCAUAAUAAGAAAUCUUUAUAAAAGGAUUGUACUAAAUGAUUAUUUGCAUGAUCUUUAUAAUAUAAUUCAUGAUAAAAAUUUUAAAAAUAUGAAAUAUAAAGAAAAUGACAAAAUACCAUUUACUACCAAUUUUCGUAAACAACCCCUAAAAGAAGGCAAUGUUAUAGCUUGUUCUAAUAUAACUGACGAAGUUUUCGAUGUAUUUUUUAAUGAAUUACCUGCUUAUAAUUUAAAAAAAAAUAAAAAAAUUUUAAUAAAACGUUAUAAUACUACAAACAUACAUGAUGAUGGCGAAAAUAAAUCAAUGCCUUUGUAUAUGUAUUUGCAUGUUAUAGAUUAUAAUGAAGCCGCUAUUAAUUUAUAUAACAAGCUCAAUUUUGAUUAUAUUGAUAAAUAUAAUAAUUUUUAUUUUAUAAAUAAAAUUAAUUUUUCCUCGUAUUUGUAUUCUUAUUUUUUUUAA